AUGACCAAGGGGAAAGGCGCUAAGAAGAAGGGAAGAGGAAAUGGAAGUGGCAGUGGAAAACCUACUAGCGCCCUUUCUGUCUCAAUUCCGUCUACUCCCACUGUAGAAUCAAACACACGAUCUCCAGCACCGGAUAAGAGGUCAACUUCUCGAGAUCCGCAGUCCGACCGCGGGUCUCCAUUCCAAACACCUCCGACCUCUCCUUCUUCCCCGACUGCCGACAUACCGUCCAUUGCCGAUCUCAUGGGUCAAGACACUGAGCCAGUAGAAUCGACAAACGACGACGUUGCUGCUGCGGCCACAGCAGAAGAUAAUGCUAUUAAUACAUCGACAAUGAAAGGUGGCAAUGAAGAUCAAACAGAUACAGACAAUUCUGUAGACGUCUCGACAGUGACGGACAAGACUGAGGAUCCACCUAGCGAAACGAGCGCCAAUGGAGGCACACCAGCGGCAACAGAGCCCGCCAACGAUCCUCCAGCUGAAGAGACUGUAGCACAACCCGAGGUGUCAUCUAUCACAGAAGCUCUGACGGAAGGCGACACUGGCGAUCCUCCGAUUACAGAGACAGGAACACAAACCAAGGCUACAGCUACUCCUGAGGUGCUGGCGGUCGAUACUACGGAUGCCGACAGUGGUCCCAUCACCGAUCCUUCCGCUAGCGUUGUAUCGGCCACAGAAAAGUCUGUCCAACCCGAAGGAACGCACCACCCAGAUAUUACCGACGAUGAUACCGUUACGAACAGUCCGACAGUGGAGAGGGUCACGGAUGACCCAUCCAAGCAACACCAGCCAACCACCGCCCCUGUAGAAACCGAUUCAGACGUCGUCCAGAUUGAUGUCCCGCAGGACGAUCCAGCUUCGACUGGACCUGAGUACGCAGAGAUUUCCUUCGAGGAGCCUCCUUCGACCGCAGAUACCUUGAUCCACUCCACCCCGAUUUCUCCACUAGAAAUAAUUGCAGAGGACAUUGCAUCCAAAGAUAUCAUGGCUGUCGCCGAGCUCUUCGCGACGAUGAAGAAAACUCUGACAUCUAUGACAAGUAUGUUUGAGCGCCUUGGAAGCCAGACUGAGAAAAUGAUGUCGUUCAGUUUGGACGUCCAUUCCGCGGAGCAUCUCAAACGACUUCGGCAUGUGUUGCAAGCACAGAUUACAAGGCAGCAGGCCGAGGUUGAGGCGUUGAAGGCAACCCUGCAGACCAAGAUCAAGGCCGCCGUCGAGGAGAAGAUACAAACCCAUGUGCGUGAAGUGGUUCAACGUUCUUUGAAAGAAGUGGUCGCAGGAAAAGUUCAGAAUCAACUCGAGGUCCAAAUAUCCGAAGAUCUCCGGCAGAAAGCCCUUCUACACCAACGGCAGAUCUUUGAAGUCAGAACAGCCCUUCACAAUUCUGAAGCGCGGCGAUACAAUGCGCUUCAAACAGACAGAAGUGCCCGCCUUCGCCCGCUGCUUCGACCUCUUCCAACACCAGAGCAAUCGCCAGUCAUCGCCAUCAGCCGAUCUAGUUCGCAAGGCAACUCAAGCCUUCCGACACCAGCGACAGCUUUCCCUCGUGUUCCAGCCCCUACGCCCAUAAAGCGGACGUUCUCCAACCCAUUCAGGAGUGACGUUGGCCCACCAACUGCAUCGACCCUCUUCCCGCAGGACCUUCGUGCGCUCUUUUCCCUCGGUCCGGAAGCUACAAGACGGCUUCUGAGAGAAUAUGGGUUAGUGAGUGCAACGUCAACCCCGGCGGUCGAGACCCCACCCAAGCACCGCGGGCUACCAAGUGUUGAGGAGGAAGCCACGGUUGGCUCGGACUCAGACCACGGGUCUGGCGGAGAGAAUGACCAGGAGGCUCACGCAGCGGAUAUGAACAAGUUUAUGGCACAUAUUGGGGUACCAUUUUUGAUGAUUCCUCCUCCGAAAGAAAAGGAAAACAUGGGCGUCCCUAUGUCGUCAAAGACACGGAGGAAGAUGCUGACUCCACUUAUCAUCAAGUAG